AUGGAGGGUCUUUUGCCUCUGGUAUACAGAGCAAUCAAGAAAAACAGAACACGAAGUCAAUAUGAAUGUCUUUCAUCAUCAGAAGCUGCUUUGAGCUACAACAUCAGCAUGUCCGAGAUCUACCCUCAAACUAGGGAACAUGUCCACCAGAUUCAGACACAUGAAGAUAAAAUUAAUGCUCACCGCCGACAUAAAUCUGUUGGAGAUUUCUAUGAUAAUGGUUUUCAUUCCUCUCAUCAGAUUAGAAAUGAUGCUGCUGGUUCUACCUCUCCAAAGCAGCUUGUGAGGUUCAGGAGUCAGAGAUUAUUUUCAUGUCUCACUGGUGUAUAA